CUACAGAGGAAUCAUUCAUGGUCAGUGAACAAUUUCCUGAUGACUGGUCCAAAGGCUUACUUGAUCUACUCCAGCAGCGUGGCAGCUGGUGCCCAGAGUGGUAUUGAAGAAUGCAAAUACCAGUUUGCCUGGGACCGCUGGAACUGCCCUGAGAGAGCCCUGCAGCUGUCCAGCCAUGGUGGCCUUCGCAGUGCUAAUCGGGAGACAGCAUUUGUACAUGCCAUCAGUUCUGCCGGGGUUAUGUACACUCUGACUAGAAACUGCAGCCUUGGGGAUUUUGACAACUGUGGCUGUGAUGACUCCCGCAAUGGGCAACUGGGGGGCCAAGGCUGGCUGUGGGGAGGCUGCAGCGACAACGUGGGCUUCGGAGAGGCAAUAUCCAAGCAGUUCGUCGAUGCCCUGGAGACAGGACAGGAUGCUCGGGCAGCCAUGAACCUGCACAACAACGAGGCUGGCCGCAAGGCGGUGAAGGGCACCAUGAAACGCACGUGUAAGUGCCACGGCGUGUCUGGCAGCUGCACCACGCAGACCUGCUGGCUGCAGCUGCCUGAGUUCCGAGAGGUGGGCGCGCACCUGAAAGAGAAGUACCACGCAGCUCUCAAGGUGGACCUGCUGCAGGGUGCUGGCAACAGCGCGGCGGGCCGCGGCGCCAUCGCAGACACCUUUCGCUCCAUCUCCACGAGGGAGCUGGUGCACCUGGAGGACUCCCCAGACUACUGCCUGGAGAACAAAACGCUAGGACUGCUGGGCACCGAAGGCAGAGAGUGCCUGCGGCGCGGCCGGGCCCUGGGCCGCUGGGAGCGCCGUAGCUGCCGUCGGCUCUGCGGGGACUGUGGGCUGGCGGUGGAGGAGCGCCGCGCCGAGACCGUGUCCAGCUGCAACUGCAAGUUCCACUGGUGCUGCGCGGUCCGCUGCGAGCAGUGCCGCCGCCGGGUCACCAAGUACUUCUGCAGUCGCGCGGACCGGCCGCGGGGGGGCGCGGCGCACAAACCCGGGACAAAACCCUAAGUGUCCCCUUCCGCACUCUCCUUUCCCAAUUUGUCCUUG